ACAGCGAGACGUAGCUCUUCUGAUGACAAGGAGCGAAGCUCUUUUAAUACCCCGAAUUUCACAGACUCCAGAUGCACAACCCAAGUCAUAGGAAGCAAUAGAUGUGUUUUACUCCCAUAGAUCUACAGGACUGGAGCCUUUUCGGCUGUGGGAACGGAUGCGUCGGAACAGCGACGAGCGCGAAAGCGUGAGCGGGACAGCCGCGCUCCGCAGCGAGGCGAGCCGGGCAGCUGGCUGGGCGUUCCCGCCGGGAGCCGAGCCGAGGAGCGCGCCCGCGGGGCACCGUCUCUACGUGAUCGCAGCCGACCGGGCGGAUCCCAGAGAGGUCAUGUCUCUGCCGCGGACUCUGGGGGAGCUGCAGCUGUACCGGGUGUUGCAGCGCGCCAACCUGCUGGCCUACUACGACACCUUCAUCCAGCAGGGCGGCGACGACGUGCAGCAGCUGUGCGAGGCCGGGGAGGAGGAGUUCCUGGAGAUCAUGGCGCUGGUGGGCAUGGCCACCAAGCCCCUGCACGUGCGCCGCCUGCAGAAGGCCCUGCGCGACUGGGCCGCCAACCCCGCCCUGUUCAACCAGCCCCUCGCCAGCGUGCCCCUCAACAGCAUCCCGCUCUUCAAGAUCGACGCCACGGCCGGGGCGGCGGGGGCGCGGAAGUCCCUCAGCAACGGCCAGCCGGGAUCCCCCGGGGUGGACAGGGAGGGCAGCCAGGAGCGGGCCUCCCUGACUCCCAUGCGCAGCACCAGUCCCAAGAGCCCCUGCUCCCAGGCCUCGCCCCAGCCCGAGGGCAUCCUCUACCGGGACAAGCUGUCGCCCAUGGACCCCCAGUGGCUCAGCACGGCCCGGGCGGUGGCGGAGAGCGUGGCGCGCCUGCUGCGGACGGUGCCGCGGGCCGAGCCCGGGGAGGUGAAGGCCCUGCUCAAGCUGAACAAGAAGCUGGCCAAGACGGUGGGGCACAUCUUCGGGCUGGAGCCCGGCGACCCGGCCAAGGAGGAGGAGAUCCGCAAGUACAGCCUGAUCUACGGGCGCUUCGACUCCAAGCGGCGGGAGGGCAAGCAGCUGACUCACCACGAGAUGAUCAUCAACGAGGCCGCCGCCCAGUUCUGCAUCCGCGACAACGCCUUGCUCCUGCGGCGCGUGGAGCUCUUCUCGCUGGCCAGGCAGGUGGCGCGGGAGUGCGCCUACACCUCCACGCUGAAGAACGCCAGGACGAGCAUGGAGGACUGCCCCCUACCGGCCCAGAAGAAGAUCAAACAGGAGGUGGUGAUAUCAGAGUGCGUCUCCUCCUCUCACGAUGUGGCGGAGGGGCAGCCCACCGGCUCGGAGAGCUACCACCAGGGGGUGCUGAGACACGGCGCGGACGAAGACAGCCUGUCUGGAGAGAGCCUGGAUGGGCACGCACAGGGUGUGGGAUCCCAGUCCAGCCACUCCUCGUCCCCCUGCCCCCCCGCUGACCCCCCCGCCACUGCGGCUGCUCCCUCUGCCUGGAGCCGGCACCUCAUGCAGCAGACUCUCAUGGACGAGGGGCUGCGAUUGGCCAGGCUGGUGUCACAUGACAACGUGGGCCGGGUCAGCCCAGGAAUGACAGUGGUGGUCCAAGCUGCGGAGCAGGAAGACAGAGCCAGCGAGAGGCGCCUGUCCCAGCACCGGAGAAGAAGCAGCUCCUGCAGUACCAAAGACGAUUCGGAUCACAGCGGAAAGUGAGAGCCCCCCACCUUCCCCACCACCACCUACCUACCCCACUUUCACCCUCCCCACAAUUCAUACCCCUACCCCCAGCCAUCCUCUAUCCAGCAAUA